AUGUCUGCCCCAAUUAAAAAAGUCGUCCUCGCAGGUGCCAAUGGCUUCCUCGGACGUGUGCUUCUUGAUGUUCUCUUGAAGUCGGAUCUUUUUGAGCUCACCGUUCUUACCCGCGCAGGGUCUGGGCAUCAGUUCCCCGCAAACGUUACAGUGAAGGAGGUUGACUACGAGUCAGUACCCAGCAUAGAAGCCGCACUCCGCGGUCAGGAUGCCCUCGUGUCAGCUCUAGCGUUCCACGCUAUCCACAUCCAAAAGAAUGUGGUUGACGCAGCCUUCAACGCUGGUAUUCGUCGUAUGAUUCCAUCUGAGUAUGGCAAUGAUACCAAGAACCCAAAGCUUGCGGCUUUCCCCAUUUACCAACCCAAGAUUGCCAUUCGGAAGUAUUUGGAUGAGAAGGUUGCUCAGAAACCCUCUUUCUCUUACACCAUCAUCAUGAACGUCUCAUUCCUGGCCCCGGGAUAUGCCCUGAACUUCCUCGUCGACGUCGAGAAGAAGAAGGCUCUCAUUAAGGAUGGCGGAGAUAUUCUCUUUAACGCAACGACCAUGCCUCACAUUGGGCAGGCUGUGAUUGGCAUCUUUACUCAUCUAGAGGAGACUGCCAACCGUCCAGUCAAGAUCAGCAGCGUUGAAACCACGCAGAAUGAGAUUCUCAGCAUUGCGAAGACGAUUGAUCCUGCCGCCGAAUGGGAUAUCAAGCACUGUCGAACGGAAGACUUGGAAAAGACUGCUCUGGAGCGAUGGGCCCAGGGUGAUCACAGCGAGGAAGUAGUUGAGAUGUUCAUUAACCGGGCUUUUCUUGGCAAAGGAUGGGGUGGUUACUUCCCGGAAACAGACAACACAUUGCUUGGUAUUGAGCCAAUAGGCAGGGAGGGGUUGGAGAAGAUCAUCAGAACGGCCAUGAAAGGUUGA